ACGGAACAGAUUUCCACCACUCUGUGCGAAGAGGGUACAACUUUUGGCAUCAACGGUCCGGGUGUUUGGGUCACUCUUGGAUGCAGUGGGGUUUUCCGUGUCUGCUACGAACCAGGAUACACAAAAACCAUACAAUGUGACAGCAAGAAAUACCGAGACGCCUACUGCGAAGUUGGCGGGGUAAUGCGUAAGUUGACAGUUGGCCGGCGAGUAUCCAGAUCUGCUUGCACUGAAGGGCACUCUUAUUUCAAUUUGGGCAGCGUCAUCAAGGUUAGCAACGGAUGCAGAGCUUAUUUUUGGGCUGGUCUCUAA